CAAAUUCGGUAUUUUCUUAUGCGUAUUAACAUAAUGAAGGUGUUUUUUAAACAUCGUUAUCGUGACGACCAUGGAAAAAUAAAUAUAAAUUAAUGUGAAUUAAAAUACAAAUACACAGUAAACAUGCUCCACAUAAACGAUUUAUUGAUUUCAGUGCAUUUUACGGAAAAUAAUGGCACUUGGCAACAGCGCUAACAUAUACCAACUCCACCACACUUCAGACCAAGUCACCAAGGCGAGCUUGAUUUUCACAAACAUUUUCCGAGGACGGAACGAUGCAGGCCCUGCUGUGUUUGUCAACAGUGCGAAAUUCGUAGCGGCCGUUAUAACCCAUUUUACGAUAUGGAAGUGAUUUCGACGGGGACUUCUAGACUAUUUUUAACUUCUUCAGUUGAAAAUAAAGAUGAUUUAGAAGAGAAACUGGAAAGAAGUUACCAAUUUCUUCAAAGCACUACAGCCGGAUUAAGUGAUAAAGAUGCACACGAGGCUCUCAACAAAGCACUUUUGAAGGAAAAAGGUUAUGAAGAAGUGUCAUUUGGACUUUUGGUUACAAUUUUAACAGAACCUCACAAUGCAGCAAAGUGUUACAGAGAUUUAACGUUAAUAACCCGGGAUGGGUUUGGACUUAUAGUUACAAAUUUAUCACAGUUAGUGUUGGACAGAUAUUUACGUUUUAAUGAUGUGGUGAAACAACAGUUAAUAUGGCUCUUAAGGGAAAUGAUAAAAAACGCUGUGACCAAUGUGGACAAUUUGGUGUGGAAUUUGAUGAGGCAUGCAGCGGGAGGUGAUGUAUCCCCUAAAAAUAUUACGCUUAUUGAAUCCCUUCUUGACGUUUUUAUAGAAUAUAGAAAUUGGUUAGAGAAAUUUCCGGUUUUAAUAGCAUCUGUAGUUUAUACGUAUUUAAGACUAAUAGAAGAUCACAAUGGGCCUUACUUAACAAGUUUGAGACAAAAAGAAGUAAACUUUUUAAUAAGUAUUAUGAGGGAUCAUUUCCAGGAUUGUUUGGUUAUUGGGAGAGAUUUAGUUCGACUUUUACAAAACGUAGCACGCAUACCUGAAUUUGACCAGCUCUGGAAAGAUGUACUACUUUCACCAAAGACUUUAUCUCCAAAUUUUACAGGUGUUUUACAACUUUUACAAAACCGAACAUCCAGGAGGUUUCUGCAAUCCAGGUUGACACCAGAAAUGGAAAGAAAACUUGUCUUUUUAACAUCGCAAGUUAAAUUUGGAAACCACAAACGAUAUCAAGAUUGGUUUCAAAGGCAGUAUUUAGCUACUCCUGAAUCACAAAGUCUUCGGUGUGACAUUAUACGCUUUAUUGUUGGUGUUAUCCAUCCUACAAAUGAACUUCUUUGUUCUGACAUCAUACCAAGGUGGGCUGUUAUUGGAUGGCUUCUAACAACCUGUACAUCCAGUGUGGCAGUAUCAAAUGCUAAAUUGGCUUUGUUUUAUGACUGGUUAUUUUUUGAUAGUGAAAAAGAUAAUAUUAUGAAUAUUGAACCAGCCAUUUUAGUGAUGUAUCAUUCCAUGAGGUCACACCCUGCAGUUUCUGCAACGCUGUUGGACUUUUUGUGUAGAAUAAUUGCCAACUUUUAUCCACCAUUGACGGAAAAAGUAAGAGCUGGCAUAUUUACUUCACUGAGGCAGAUUUUAGAUAAGAGAGUAUUAGGUUCACUUUUACCCCUAUUUGACAGUCCAAAAUUAGAUAGAGAUCUUAGAACUAUGGUUCAAGAUACCUUUAGAGAGUUCUGCACAGAGAUACCACUAGAAUCAUCUUCCAAAAUGAUUUUAAACACUCCACAUUCUGGUAAAUUUGAAGAAAAUGAAUCAGUGUCUCUUCUCAACAACCAUAUUAUGGACAAUGAACCAGCAUUUAGUGAUGAUGAAGAGGAGCCUUCAUUAAGAAUAAGCACAUCUCUCGCUUAUGACUCAGAUGAUGAUGACGACAUUCCAUUAUCAAAAUUGCAAAUGAAAGCCAAACUAAAACAAGCAGACAAUUUCAUAGAAGGACCUAUUGGAGAAACUCUUCAAAAACUUCAAAAUGAAACUGACACAGAUGAAAGAAAUGAUCUAAUGGAGAAACUAAUAGGACAAGUAAUGGACUUGGAUGAAGAUGAUGAGAAUCUUCCUGCUGUAGCAAAACGUCUAGUCAACUCUGUAAAAGAUGAGGUGACAGGGGAGAUAUUUCCAGAUGUCCUAACAGAAGACAAACUUACAGAUAGCAUGAAGUCUCCUCUCUUUAUGAUGUUCAAAACGAUGUAUGGAUUAACUAAGGAUGAACUAGGCAAAGAUGUACUGUACAAAUUGAUUUCAGAGAUGUAUACUGAAUUACCAAGUCUUGGUUACCUGAUUAUUUAUUACCUCAAAGCAAAAAUUUGGAAGGACAACAAAAAGGAGGACCAUUCAGUGGCAAGUGCAUUGAAGAUAAGUGUGUACAAAGACUUCUGUCAAAGUUUAGAGAAGAAAGUAGAUAUAUGUUUAUAUGAUGAUUUAUAUGCAUGUCAUCACAGUGAUACAAAAUUGAUGAUGUGGAUAGUGCCAGAUUUAUAUAGAGACUUUAAACCACAAACAGUUAAUAAUGCUCAAAUAUUGAGGGUAAUAAUUUCAGCAAUAGAUCCUAGGCAAUUACAGACUUUAGUGGGAAAAGUCCUCCAGGGCCAUCUGAUGAUGUUCAAACCAGAAACCAUCAUACCUCUAUUGAAAGCGAGUCUACAGUGGGAGAGCAUAGAACAGUUUUUCCUGUGGCAGCUUGUCAAUGCCCAUAAUAUAUCUAUAGAUACUGUUUUACCAUUAAUUACAGAAUUAGACUAUGACCAGCAUCCAGAAGCUUUAACUGCAGUUACUCUUAUGUUAAAAAUGGAAAAACCAAGUUCAGAUUACAUCAAAUCCUUGUUUUCCAGGGAUAUUUGUGAUAAUGGUGAUCUAUUUAUUUUUACUAUAAUAAAAUUUUGGUGUGAUGAGUAUAUUGACAAAGUUGCGGAACUUAUCUCCUCACUUUUAAGCACAAGGUACCCUUCCACUUCGCCCAACAAGCGGAAAAGAUCCAACACAAGUAAAACGUUAAGUGCUACAGUGCCUAGUGCAGAUCAAGUGCUGGGACAUUUGGAAAAGUUGAGGAUUAUUUGUGAAAAACACGACUGUAUGGCGGUUUAUACCUUAGACUCCAUGCAGAGGGCCCUCAGCAUAGCUCACAACAACAGCAAUGACAGCCAGAGAAAGCAGUUUAGUGAAUUGUUUGCUUUAAUGGAAGAAGAGGAGGAGGUCAGUGCCACUAAGAGGUCACAAGGACGGGGAAGGAAACCUGCCAAUAAGAAUGUUGUGGUGAAAAGGCAAAUUGUUAGAGAAAUAUCUGAUUCUUCAGAAGAAAGUAGUGAGGAGGAAGAAAUUGUGAAACCAAAACAAGCGAAGAAAAGGAAAAAAGUAAUGUCGGACAGCGAUUGACGGAAGCAAGUCGUUUACGUGCAAAUCGCUUACCCUAUCACCAUGCCUUCCCGUUGCUGUGGAGGCAACAUGAUUGCUGAAGUGAAGAAAACACUGCCUCUGCCUCCCAUCACAACCUAGGGCAAUAACAUGAAAGAAAGAAACCAUCUUUAAGUACCUUCGAAGUUGUUAAACACACUUGAUAGUUUUCGUAGCAAAUCUUUCAGAUAUUUUGGACUUCUCUUUGGCCAGAAGAUGCCGAAUGCAUAGCCGAGAGUUUCAUAUAAAAAAAAUUGAAUUGAACAAACUAAAUGAUUUAUUACAGUUAUUGUAACUAGUUUUAACCCUCAACCGCCUCGUGGAUCUUGCUUUUAUAAGUCCACAAACUUUUUACUCUGUCUCUGAGUUAAACAAUGUCGAUUUUGACUAAGUCGUCCUUUCUACUUUGUUAUUGGAGUCAUUUUCAUGAUUUUAUAUGACUUAAGUAUGUUAUUCACAUCACAAGCACAUUUUUGUGUACUAAAUCCUUUCUAUAUCAUUAUAUUCAGCAAUAAACAAGGUAUUAAACGAUAUUUUGCACUUUUCAACACACAAUUGUUGAAUUUUUUGAUUCAGCUUUAUAUAAUGUUUCGUUACUCUGGCAGUCAUCUUCAUAUCAGACAAAAUUUUAGCUAAUUGACAAGUUUUAUUGCUAAUAUAUAUCAUUAUGUGGCGGUGGAGGGUUAAAUAGUUCACAAGUGGUUUAGCAAGACUGUAUACAGUGCUUUUUCAAGUGUUAUGUGAUAUUUGCGAAUAGUAUUUUUCUUUUUUAUCUUAUUUUUCAUUUAAUUUUCUUCUAUGUAUAUUUUUUGGUUUCAUUUUUUAGAUUCAACAUAUUUAUAUUUUUGCCUAAUUUGAAAAAUAGAACUCUUGAUAGUAUUGUUUUUUCUAAGGUAAUCUAUCACAAUAAGUUUAUACAGAAUAUCAAUAAAAACAGGUCACAUAAUCAUAGGUAAAUAAUUCAUUUAUCAACGUUCAAACAUGAGUAAUAGCUUUAUAUUUGCAAAAGAUAUUCCUAACAAAAGCGCAAACGUCGUACUAUUUUUUCUCCAAUCUUUCUUUAACAACUUCUCCAUACUUAGUUCAACAUAACAUAAAAUGUGUAUAAUCCAAACCCUAUCUCAACAAGGCGAGUACGGUAAAGUCCUGCAAGAUUCUACCCAUGACGUGUUACAACCUCUUCACCAAUAGAAGGCGUUUGUAGCCUCAGGUGUCACAUGCAGCAUAAUGCACAAUAGAAAAUCAACUCAAUGAUCUAGCUAUUUUUUGUCGCUCUUUCUUUUUUAAUUCCCUCAAUGGUUCUCUAGGUCUCGAUUCUUAUCAAAACGAUGAUAUAGAUAUACAGUGUGAGUUUUAUAUAUGGCUCAAUCAAUAAUCAACUUUCCUAAACCAAGUGUUGAUCCAUAGAAAUUCAUAUUGAAUUUUAUAAUAAAAAAAAAUGACAAAGAAAAAUUUCUGUUUUUUCAUAUACAUUUUUCUUUAGUGUUGUGGUGCCGUUGUUUGUUUUUGUUAUUUUGCACCUACUUUUUUUAUCUUUGGGAUGAUUUGUUUACAGAGAGACCAAUUUCCAAUCAUUUCUUCUUAAAUGUUCGGAAUUUUAACCCCUCGGUAUAAUAAUAAAUACAAAUAUGUGAUACAUUUCACAUAGAGUUUUUAAACUCGUUAUUUAUAGUAUAUUUUAUAUACUAUUACGAUUUAUAUUGCUAUUGAAUAUGAAUUCAUAAAUAUUUUCUCCCUAAUAUAAGAUUAUAUCAAUAUUUUCCCACUAACUAAACUAAAUUGACUACUAUUUGCAUAUGAAUUCAUUUUAAAGCUUUCCAGGGAUCUUUUGUAAUUAUUUAAUAGUUUUAUCUUUAUGUCAAAGUAAUACUUGCUUAUUGCUUAAAUCUCUAAAAGGAACCUCCUGCAUAGUUCAAUAAACUUUUUUCAUUUUUUAUUCGAUUUAUAUUGUGACGACGUGAAACGUCUGACUUUGAUAUUAAUUCAUAAAUAUUUUCUCCCUUUUGAGAUUAUAUCAAUAGGUUUGUUCCAACUCAAUGCAAAACCGUUCUUGAAUCGUUACGGGCAUGCGCAAUAACUAAUAAUUAUGCGCAGUAACACAUUUUUCGUUACUGUGCAUAUUCGUAACCGUUCAAGAAUGGUUUUAUAUUGAGUUAGAACAAACCUAAAAUUUUCCCACUAAUUAAAAUUAAUUGACUGUACUAUUUGCUUAUAAAAUACACCUGGAUCCCGCGUACCAAAAAAAAGGUGAUUAAUAGCAAGCUGAAAAUUUGUUAAUAGCUUAACAGUGUCUAGUCGGACAAACUUUGAUAUAUGGGUACUAUAUAAGGGUCUCCCUUUGAUAUAGGGGAAGUUUUAAUUGUGGAACAGGUUAAAAAUUUGGAACGUCAGAUUACGAAAACAUCCCAUGUAUUUUGUCGGACAGAACAUCCAAUUGAUUUGUUACCCUUUCAUUAAACUCUCAUGCAAAAAUCAGACUGCUAUUACUAACUAACAUGAUCCUGUCAUUUGACAUGUUCUUCGUGUUCCACUUAUUAAAAUGCCCAGUUGGUGAUAAACACAAGUCUAAUUUUUGCAUGAGAGUUUAAUGAAAUGGUAACAAAUCAAUUGGAAGUUCUGUCCGACAAAAUACAUGGAACGUUUUCAUAGUCUGACGUUCCAAAUUUUUAACCUGUUCCACAAUUAAAACUUCCAGUGUUCCCGUACAUCAAAGUUUGUCCGACUAUAGACACCGUUAAGCUGUUAACAAAUUUUCAGCUUGCUAUUAAUCAACUUUUUUUUGGUACGCGGGAUCCAGGUCUAAAAGCUUUCCAGCAACCUUUCAAAUUAUUUAAUAGGUUCUUUUUAUGUUAAGGUUGUAUUUUAAUGCUAUACCUCUUCUUAAAGACCGGUUUUCACUCUAUGUUUUAUUGUAGGUUUUGUCAGGCAUACAAAGUGAAAGACAAAAUGUACGUUUUGUCCAAUGUAUUAUACACAUUACAUGUUUUCUCUUCCGCUUCUACCCAGUUUCAAUCUACAGUCUUUUGAGAGACAUUUUUUGAUUAUGGAAAAAACACUGCUGCUUUCUUUUAUUUUUUCAAAUAUAAUGAUACAACUGAGGCUUAAAGGGAUGAAGAGGGAAAAUAUAAGAUCGUCAAGGGAGUGGCUUCUGAAUAGAAACCAGUAUUUCCACGUCUCGUUACUAAAAAAACUGAGAAAAACUUGAUGACUGGCGCAAUUAUUUGCGAAUAGACACAUCAGCCUAUUGUCAACUGUUAAGAGUUGAUAACACCAUACAUACUGAAACAAGACACCUGUAUGAAAAAAGCCAUUGCAUCCCAUGAAAAUCUCACAGGAACUUUAAAAUAUCUUCUGAGACUCCUUGUCAUUCUUUAUAGUUUCUUGUGACAUCCUUGGUACAUCUUGAUCAUUUAAAAAUCCAAUAUGUCGAAGUAUCACAAAUAUGAUUUGUAUAAUAUAUCUUUUAUAAUGUUGUUCUGAAGCUAUUUCCUUGUGGCAUUUUUAUGAUUAAUUAUUUAUAUGGGAAAUAAGCCACAAUUAAAAUGAAAAAAAUAAUUUUAUUAACGUUUCGACGCCCAAAUUGGGUGCCGUUGUCAAAAUACUUUUGUUUUUUUGUUUCAAAAUAAUUGUAUUUUGACAACGGCACCCGAUUUGGGCGUCGAAACGUUAAUAAAAUUAUUUUUUUCAUUUUAAUUGUGGCUUAUUUCACAUAUAAAUAAUUAAUCAUAUCUUUUAUAAAUUCAAAAACGAAUAAAAUCCUUUAUAAAAGGUAUAUUUGUUAAAAUCCCUAAAAAGGGCUACAUCACAGUUUUCGAUCGGAUGACCGAUCAUCAUCAGUGCUUACGUGAAUCUAACAUGCUUACCACCAAAAUACAAAAAUAUGUGGGUAAAAACCCUUUACAAUUGAUCCGUCAUGGGAACAUAGGUGAAUAAUGUGAACUUAAACAUGGAUGUCUAAAAUAUCCAAUGUAUUAUACUCUAGGUACCAUUGAGCUCGAAAUUGACUUGUUCACAUGUUGACUAUAUCCUAGCAAGUCAACCAUGUGUAUGUCAACCACUUGCUACCAUAUAGUCAACAUGCGAACAAGUCAAUUUCGAGCUCAAUGGUACCUAGACCAUAUUACAUUGGAUAUUUUAGACAUCCAUGUUUAAGUUCACAUUAUUCAUCUAUGUUCCCAUGACCGACCGUAAAGGGUUUUUACCCAAAUAUUUUUGUAUUUUGGUGGUUAGCAUGUUAGAUUCACGUAAGCACUGAUGAUGAUCGGUCAUCCGAUCGAAAACUAGCUCUGUGAUGUAGCCCUUUUUAGGAAUUUAAACAAAUAUACCUUUUAUAUAAGAUUUUAUAUUUUAUUCGUUUUUGUAAUAUAUGGUAUACAGCCAACUACAGGAAAACUUUUUCCUCGUGGAUUUUUAUAAAUUCCUCAAGCGUGACGUUUUUCCGACGUCCAAACCGACGUUGAGAGACCACAGUGAGGUGAAAAUAUAAUGGCUCCUCUACACAUCGGCAGACACGUCUGCCGAUGUAUAGAAGUGACGACAGACGCGUCUGCCGAUGUAUCAUUACAAGCUGACCACACAUCUGUAGAUCGUUCAGUCUGUGUGAAUUCUCGGGAGACACAAUACCUACGCGAGCAUUAAAAAUAUAGAUGUUGAUGACCAUAGCUGCCGCAGCUAUAUACCUUUUUAGUACGUUCAACUAGGUAAUACUUGAGUGUACAUGAGAGUAGAAUCAUUAAAAAUAAUGGAAAAGAAGAAGGUGGUGGAUGCUGGCUAUACAUAAAACACUAUGAAUUUGAAAGUUUCUUCAGAGCUCAUAGCCAUUUCAGCGAAAUAUUAUUAACAUACAAAACUGAAGAAACGUGAAAACAAAAUAUUGAAUUCACUGCGAAAACUGAUGUGUCGUCAGAUGUGUGGACAGGCGUCGGACGUUCGCACUGAAACCUUUUGAUCUGUGCUUAAAAAACCGACAACAGACGCAUCUGCCGACGUGAUACAUAAACAACAGACGACCAAAUUACCCCAUCUACACAUCUCCGGAUGCAUACGCAGAUGCUGUCCGCGCUCGCGUCUGCCGAUGUGUAGAUGAGGCAUAAGACUAAAGCCCAUCUUAACCAAAUCUUAAUGUUUUAAGAAGCCACCUAGUCGUGAAAUAUGUAAUGUGUAAGUAAAUCAGUGGAAAUUCUUCAAAACUAUAGUCUAUCAGUCAAGAUGUUCCAGUUCCUAUUUUGCAUUUAUUUAUUUUAAAACGUUAUCUCUUACGUCACAAACAAACUUCUAGAUGAAAUAUUUAUUAUAACAUUAUGUAGGUCUGAUGAAAUCAGUAUAAUUAAACUUAAAUUUGGCAGUUAAUAAAGAUGGCAUCAAAUGCUUAUCCAUUUUAGUCAUGCGCAAUUUGGUUAGUGUAAAACUUGGAUCUAACCUAAAAAAUUUUUGGCGUGACGUCAUUACAAAACCAUAGACAUAUUACAAUACCUAGACUGCGUACUGCCAUCUAAAACUAAGUGAUGAUUGCGACAGAGAGAACUGAGGCUAUUAGGUGGGAAGUCUCUUUCUAAUCGAAGGGAUUUAUCCAAUGACGUUGGGUUUAUCGAUGACGUCACUUUCCCACUGUCGCCGAUUGGAUGAACUCCUCCGAUUAGAGACUUCCCACCUAAUACCCUCAGUUUUCUCUGUCGCUAUCGUCACUUAAUUUUAGAUGUCAGCGCGCAGGGUAGGUAUUAUACAGGGUGUUUCAUUCAUAAUUGUCCAUAUCAUAACUGGAGAAACCUUAGCACAAAAUCCGAAGAUUUAACCCAAAACAUUUAAUAAAUAUUGUUCCUUACCGAGACACAGAGUGUUUUAUUAUAAAUGUUCUAAAAUGAUUUUAGCCCAUUAUGAAAGCACCUUUUAAUAUUUUUUGUUCAAAGUUGACACACAGUUUACACAUGUUAGAAUACUUUAACUAGUAUUAAAAGAUAGUUUUCUGCUGUUACCAGAGGCGUGCUGUAGGGAUAUAUACUUCUUUUUCUCAUCUCCCCCCUUACAAUCUACGCCACUAUGUAAUAAUCAUUUUAGCACGUUUUUUUGAUUGUUACCUUUUACGUAAAUAUCAUCCUGUUGUCUCAAUGCGAUAGAGUAAGUAGUUUUCAAGUUAUUUGCGUUUUAAUGCAGUGGAUUCAAUAAGAUUAGGUAUUUUAAACACAUAAUCUUAUUGAAUGUAUGUAGUUUAAAAAGUACAUAGUCUUAUGGAAUCCAUUAUCUUUAAACGCAAAUAAUUUGAAAACUACUUUAUCGCAAUGAGACAAAAGGAUGAUAUUUAUGUAAAAAGUAACAAGGAAUAAAAAAAACAUGCUGAAAUGAUUAUUACGACAGUGGCGCAGAUUAUGAGGGGGAAAAGGGGGCGAAAAUGAAGUAUAUAUCCCUACAGCACGCCUCUGGUAACGGCGGAGAACUAUCUUUUAAGACUAGUUAAAGUAUCCCAACAUUAGUAAACUGUGUGUCAAGUUUGAACAAAAAAUAUUAAAAGGUGGGCUAAAAUCAUUUUAGAAUAUUUGUUAUAAAACACUCUGUAUCUCGUAAGGAGGAAUAUUUUAUUUAAGUGAUUUAGGUUAAAUCUUCGUAUUUUGUGCUAAGGUUUUUCUAGUUACUACAUAUAUGGACAAUUCUUAAUGAAACACACUGUAUAUGUCUAUGUACUAAACAUAGACUUACUAAAUUAUUUGUAGGUUAAAUUGUCUAAACCCAUUGCCCAUGUAAUUAUUUUUUAUAUUAAUUAUUGUAUUUUUUUUAUUUUAUUGACAAUUUAUAUAAAAUAUGAAAAAAAAAGUGUCCAAAAUUUCUGAAAUGAUACAGUUGACGAACAGAUAUGUAAGUGUAAGUUAAUUUACAAUGUUAUAAAAUUAAAAAUUAUCAUUCAAUGUAUCUAUUUUUGUCUGUACAUAAUUGUUAUUGUUAGUUUUCUUGGUCGUUUCUUUUUUUAUUUCUGGAUUAUCAAGCAAAUAUGCCAGAGUCAAAUUUUUUUAAGACGAUUGUAAAUUGAUUGUAAUAUUUUAUUGCAAUUCAGAUGUAUAUAGAAAUUUGUAAAUAUAUUUAUAUAGAAUCUUC